CCUAGGCUUGUUUCUGACAUGUAGAACAGAUUCAGUUCUCGCGAGCGUAGUAGUGCCAAGAAGGUACCCAGUCAAUGGUUCCGCCGUCAGUGGAUAAUACUCUGGUCCAAACCUUACAGUACGGUUUGGCACUUACAGGCACCCGAAAUUCAUUAGAGUAUAAAGGACGGCACACGACUGUCAAAAGGACAUACAUUUUCAACCAUGCUCUCGACAGCGAUUGUAUUCACGAUAUUCGUCGCAGCAGCCAAUGCUGCUACUCAACUCGAAAGAACACAAAGCAACGGAAUCCCCAAAUGCGUCUCGGCAUCCUCCAAGUCCUCCGGAUCUUCGGUUGUCAUUCAUGACUGCUACACCGGCGACGCUUCAAGAUAUAACUGGGAAGUCUCCACGGCCCCCCCACCCACAGCUCCGGGCCCUAUCAAGCUCUUUGGCGAAAAUUUGUGCAUAGACGUAAAAGACGGCGUCAACACCGACGGCACCAAACUCCAACUCUGGACUUGCUUUGCCGGAAACUCGAACCAACAAUUCGUUUCUUUGAAUUAUGAAAGAGUCUAUCAAUGGGCGGGAACGAAUAAAUGCAUCGAUCUUACCAAUGGCGAUUUUACGGAUGGAAACCAACUUCAGAUUUGGACCUGCGAUCUCAAUAAUCAGAAUCAAUGGUUUUCUGGGAGGUCAAUUCCAGAUACGGAAACGGUCGACGUCAAGCUCUCGGUUUGGUUCAAUUCAUUCCCCCCUCCCCCAGAUCUUCUGUGCCUCACUGCCUCCCAGAACACAGAUGGAGCAAAAGUGGCACUUGCACCUUGUGAGAACCCCUCUACAACCUUCCCCUCUGGCAACUCGACCUGGGUUGUCCCUCGCGCCCCCCUCUAUGGGCUCGUCAGGACAUACGACGGCUCCAAGUGUUUGGAUUUAACCUCCGGAGACACCUCGAACGGGAACGCGCUACAAAUUUGGACUUGCGACGAGGAGAAUCCGAAUCAGGUAUGGACGAUUGAGUCGCUUAUUCCUAAAAGACAGCCCAGCAUCCGGAGGAUUGGGAGGGAUAAAUGUGUGGAUAUCAGGGAUGGGAAGUUUGAAGCUGGAACGGACAUUCAGAUAUGGGACUGCGAUCCGAGCGGAAAUGUUGGUCUUGAUCAGAGCUGGAUUGCUCGACAGCUGUGAAAAACACAAAGCGGCGGACUUUUCCUUCUAACACUAUGGACUUCAUCUCUCAUCUUCUCUCGUCUUUACGAGGAUACUAGAUAUCAUCUUUAGGUAUCUAGUUGCUCGGAACUGUAAUAGUAAUGCUACGAUUCCUUCAGUAAUGGACCAUGUUAUGAGUGAAAGAA